AGGUAGCAGACAGGCAGCAGGCUUUAUAAGCAUCAACCCCCCUUUCGCAGCCUUUUUUGCUGCUGUUAAACUCACGGUGUUUUGAGUUGGCAACACAGCAGCGCAGCAAAAUGCCCAGCAAGAGGAAGAAGAACAAGCGUCGCAUGAGGAGGGUGCAAGCCCAAAGGAGAGCGCUUGAAGAGCAACAUGCAUCCAACCCGCCAGCCAAGGCCAGCCCGGGGAUUGCAGUCAGUGCGCCCCCAACGAGUGCACCCAAGAAAUCAGCUAAGACUGCAACACGGGCGCCAGAAAAGAUCCCGCCAGUGGUUCGGCCCACUGUCCCCAUCACCCCCAAAGCGGAACCAAAGCCAGCUGUGAAGAAACCUGUUCCAAAGCCGGUCCCAGCUAAAGUGGACAAGCCGGUCCCAGCUAAAGUGGACAAGCCGGUCCAAGCUAAAGUGGACAAGCCGGUCCCAACUAAAGUGAGCAAGCCGGUCCCAGCUGAAGUGGACGGGCCGGUUCCAGCUGAAGUGGAAGUGCCAGUCCCAGCUAAAUUAGACGUGCCGGUCCCAGCUAAAGUGGAAGUGCCGGUUCAAGCGGAAGUGGAAGUGCCGGUUCCAACUGAGGUAGAAGUGCCGGUCCCAGCUGAAGAGGACGUUCCAGUCCCAGCUAAAUUAGAUGUGCCAGUCCCAGCUGAAGUGGACGGGCCAGUCCCAGCAGAAGUGGAAGUGCCGGUCCCAGCUGAGGUAGAAGUGCCAGUCCCAGCUAAAUUAGACGUGCCGGUCCCAGCUGAAGUGGAAUUGCCACCCCCAGCUGAGGUAGACGUUCCAGUCUCAGCUGAAGUGGAAUUGCCACCCCCAGCUGAGGUAGACGUUCCAGUCUCAGCAGAGGUAGAAGUGCCGGCCCCAGCUGAGGUAGACGUUCCAGUCCCAGCUGAACUGGAAGUGCCUGUCCCAGCUGAAGUGGACGGGCCGGUCCCAGCUGAGGUGGAAGUGCCGGUCCCAGCUAAAUUAGACGUGCCAGUCCCAGCUGAAGUGGACGGGCCGGUUCCCGAUGUUGCGUUGUUGGGACUGACUCCUGCAGAGGUUGAAGCGGAAGCCGCCACACUCGUCGCUGGAGAUGCUGAAACUCCACCAGUGGAACCUCCAACAGUUCAGGCUGUGGUUCGGGAGACAGAACUCAUCGUUCCUGAAACAGAACCAGUUACCGAGGUCAGUGCUCCAGCCGAGGCUCUGGUGGUGGCUGCAGCUGAGACCGAGAUUCAAAGUGUGGACGUUGCAGUCAUAAAGACAGAAACCGAGCUGAGGCGUGACGACAGUGAGGCGGUAACCGAGGCGACGGCUGAAAGCCUGGCUGUGGAGGCCAGCGUUACUGAGGUGGAAGCAGAGACCCCAGAGGUGGAGGCCGAGUUCUCUGCAGAGAUCGCUGCACCAGAGCCCGUGAAAGAAGCCACCGAGGAGCCGGCGGCUGAAGAACUCAGUAUUGCCCAGGUUGAAGCAGAACCUGCUGCAGAUAACUUGGUUACAGAAACUGUGGUUGGGUCGACGGCGGAAGCCGUUGCAGAGCUAUCGGAGACUGACGGAGUGAGUCCUGCGGCGCCGGCCGAGGCGGGAGAGGAUGAAGGUGAAGUAAAAGCGUUGGCUGAAGACGAGGCCGCUGGAGCCCCUGCUGAGUCUGUUUCAGCUGCUGAGGACGUUCCCUUACAAUGUGUGGAAAAUCCAGCGGUGCCCGAUGCUUUCCCUGAUGCUCCUGCAGAAGCAGCUGAAGCUAAAGAGGCCGUCGCCGACUCGUUGAUCGACGACUUUGUCAUCACUGAAUCGGCGUCGGAAGUCGAGGCCGCCGUGGCUGCGUCUCCUGCUGUGCAGCAGGAAAUUGUGGCCUCAACUGAAAACCCCAGCGAACCAACAGAAUCCACGGAUGAAACAGACCCUGAGCCUCCUGCUGCUGUACCUGUGAAGGAAGUGGUCCCUGACGCUGCUGCUGAGCAGACGCAUCAGGACGUUUUAUCAGAAGAGCCGAAGUCGGCCGCCUGCGACCUGCCGUGUCCGGUGCAGCUCCCCGUGGAGUCUGCACAGCUCAACACAGCGGAGACGUCUGUAGAGACAGCAUUGAAUGGACACAUCGUCCCAGAAGUUUCAAUCGAGGGUUAGAGUCAUGCCACACAGCUCAGAAGUCCUUUUUCUCGUUAUUCCCCUUUGGCCGUUUGGAGGACUCAAAGCUCUACCGGGAGUCAACCAGCUGACCUUUUCAUUUUUCUAGACUUAGUGCAGCACAGCCAGGAAAUCGAAGGGACAUCCACACUUUGAAGUGCCUUUCCUGUCCUGCUCUCUGUGGAAACAUCGAACCAGAUGUCACAAACGAAGCAGCCGCUGCACUCGAGGCAGCGACGUAGACCGACGGAAUCAAACCAUCUUUACUUUUCCCUGCCGAAGCCAAAUAUAUAUUUUUCGUUGUGGUUGCGGAGGAAACAGAAAUGCUCAACGAGGUGAAGAUUUCAUAAAAAAAACGACAAAAAAAACCCAACAAAAUUUGGUAUGUCUUUUUGACAUGUUCCCACCUCUUUUAUGAGCAUUUUUGUGGACCCUGCAGGCACUUGCAUGUGAAUACUGUACCGUCGAUGGUUGGGCCUGUUGUGCGUACUUAUGCUCAUUCGUGAGGGACACCUUGUUUUAUGUUUUUGCUACUUGUUUCAGAGUGACUGAAAUCCUCACUAGGGCCUUUUUUGUAAAAGACACAAACUUCCCCUCAGCCUCCAUCCUUUGUCCUCUUUUCUUUCCUCUAGUUCUGUCUGUCUCAACUAAGUGCCAACGCGAAGGUCAGCGCGAUGCUGACGUGACAUCGUUAAGGCUCGUUCUUGGUUUAAUGGCCACCGAAGCCAGGAAGAUGACAUUUUGCUUCCUUUUUUUUUUUUUUUUUUUGUUUGUUUUCUUGUUUUUCCACCGUCUCUUUUUGUAAUUCCUUUUGUAUAGACAGAAUGAUGCGCUACAGUUUUGAGUUCAAAGCCUGAGCUCUUGAGGGGAAAUAUGGUGCGAUAUGAGGAUUGAGCUGUUGAUGGGCUGGCUUGACCUUUGAAAUAAAGCUGUAACUCAUCACAA